AUGGACAAUGGGGCGCCUGAUGACCCGGGUGGGCCCCCGAGACCACCUCGACGGCCUCUGCUAGAUGCUGAGCUGGUGCGGGGCGACGCUAGAAUGAAUAGAGCAGUAGAAGCAAAGCUGAGGAACCCUGCGCUCUCGUUGUCAGAAGCUGUUCGGGCUGGUGGAUUCCGGUAUCCGCCCAAUGCCACUUCUGUAGCAACGGAUGACGAGCAGGUUUCACUGGGCCAAAGAAAGAAUCAACUGAACCGGAGAUUGAGACAGAUUAGGCAGCAACGGGCUCAAGCAGAACAGGAGGCUCAGCGGCGGGCUCGGGAACAAGCUCAGCGGGAAGCUCAAUUCCGGGAGCAACCUGCAAUGGCAGCAGGACAUGGACCCAACAUGGCGGUGCCUCCUGCUGUAGGUGCGUAUGUGUCGAACAAUCCGAACAAUGCCCCGUCCGUUCAAGGGCAGCCCAACUCCUGGACUGCAGCUGCCUUGCAGAAUCAGAGCUCUGCAGGAGCACCCCCGGUCAGAGCUGGGGCUGCAGCGCAGCCACAGCAAGCGCAACCACAGCAACUACAUCAACCACAGCAAGCCCCAGGGCUAAUGGGGUUUUUGGAAUCCCAAGUUGCGACCCUCUAUCAACAGCUGCAGCAACAUCCUCAGCAAGGUCCUCCAUCCAUGCCACAAGUCCUUCCUCAACAGCAGCAACCACAACAGCAGCAACCACAACAGCAGCAACCACAACAGUUUUUGCAGAGCUUGACUGGUGCUGGGAUGCCAGCACAAAACGCUGUGGUAGUGGCUGUUUCCGGCGCUGGCACCAACACUCUCAACCAGAGUACUCUCAACCAGAGUAUUGCUGCCUCGAACUUGGCGGCGACCAUCAUGGCCGGAACUCAUGCGUCAAUUCCACAACCACAACAGCAGCCAGCACCCGCAAACUUGAACAGUGGAACUACUACUAAUGGUUCGAAUGACGACUUGCGCCUGCGACUAGCUCUCCACUUUUUUGAAGAACAAGUUCGAGGAGUCUACCAAAAUGCCAUGCAAAGUGCAGGGUACAGCAUGGAAGAGAUCCAAGCGACGUCCCCUGCCUAUCAACGAUUUGUACAACGAGCAACUCAAGCCGAACUCGAACGGCUCCAAUCCCUCAAUGACAUGAAGCCACCAUCCUCUCACAAGAAAGAAUGA